AUGUUUGAAGAUGAAAAAUUUAAAGUUAAAUAUACAGUUGACAAACGAGGCCGGCCCGUAAACGAAACUUCGACCGAAAAUUUAAGAAAAUAUUACGAUAUAGACUCUGAUGAAAGCUCAAAUCAAGAAAUUGAAAAGGAAUUUGAAGAGACUGAGACUCAAGGGCGUUUUGUAAAAAGAGCCCCAACACCUAGCGGAAAUGAAGAAAAUGACGAAAAAAAUGAGCUUAUUAAUGAUAGAUUAGUGCGUGGUAAACUAGAUAGAAAAACGAAGAAACGUUUGUUGGAUUUAGAUAUUGAUUAUGCUCGUGGGGAAGGAGUUCUUGUAACUGAUAGUUCAAGUGAUGAAGAGAGUAGCGAGGAUGAGCAAGACAGUGAGUUAGAGCAUGAAUGGGGAGAAUUGGACGCUGAUGCAGAAACUACAGAUGAAUCAACAAAGAGAAUUGCAAUCUGCAACAUGGAUUGGGAUAAUAUAAAGGCGUCAGAUAUUAUGGUGUUAUUGUGUUCAUUUAUACCUCCAGGCAGCAUUAUACAUAAAGUAUCUAUUUAUCCUUCUGAGUAUGGUCUUAAAAGAAUUAAAGAAGAGGAGAUAAGAGGACCAAUUGAGUUAACCGAAGACAAAAUUGAGGAGCAGUCAGAUGGUGGAAAUGAAGAAGGAUCAACAUAUCAUAUGGAGAAACUAAGGCGUUAUCAAUUAAACAGACUUAAAUAUUACUAUGCAGUAGUUGAGUGUGACUCUAUUGCAACUGCGGACAAACUAUAUAGUGAAUGUGAUGGCAUGGAGUAUGAGAGCAGUGCUACAAGGCUUGAUAUGCGGUUUAUUCCAGACGAUGUAACAUUUGAUCAGGAACCCAGGGAAGAGUGUAACAAACUACCAGAUUUAACACGAUAUAAACCACGACUGUUCACAACAACUGCAUUACAGCAAGCUAAGGUGGAACUUACAUGGGACACUACAAACCCUAAUCGCACUGAAGCAAUAAAAAGUGCUCUAGGUGGCAAAAUUGAUGACUUAGACCUGAAAGAUUACCUAGCAUCCAGUAGUGAAGAUGAAGAAAAUGCAUCUGAUGAAGAUUUUAAUUCACAAGAGGACCAGCCCGAUGAGGAUCCUAUUCAAAGAUAUAAAAUGUUGUUACAAGAUAUAGAAAAGAAAGAAGAGAAAAAACAUAAUAAGGACAUGGAAAUGGAAAUUACAUGGGGUCUGGGUAUUAAGGAUAAAGCAGAAGAAUUAGUACAAAAGAAACUCAAUGAAGAUAACAAAAAUUUAACACCAUUUGAAAUACUUCUUCAAAAACGGAAAGAAAAGAAAAAAGAGCGAAAGCUACAAAACAAACAGAAAAAGGAAGGACAACAUGACACUGAAUCUGAUAAUUAUGAAUCUGAUAUUCCUUCUGAUAUAGAUAUGAAUGAUCCUUAUUUUGCAGAAGAGUUCAAUAAAGAUGAAUUUAAGAAGAAAAAAAGGCCAUGGGAGCCAGUGCUUAUGAGUAGCAAGCCUCCUAGCCCCGAGCGGCGGAUCUGGUCUGUGGGUCCGCCGCUCACCACUUUCGGGAACCCGGUCCCGGUCGGAAGGGUUUAC